GAUUUUCCGAUGGAACUUGAAUGGAGCAUCAUUCGAGGAGGCUUUUGCGGGUCAGAAAAUGAGAGGAUUUCUUCACAUGAAUGGACUGUCAGGACUCUAACUUCGCUUAACACUGACUCUUAUCGUCCUGUAAGACUGUUUACAGAUGGACUCGACGGGUAACUGGGCUUCUGUCCGGUAACAGGACCCGCGUUUGUGCCUCGGAGUCGGGAUUUGUUUUGCUACACUGUUAGCCUCGGUAGCUAGUCGCCGUCGCAUUAACCGUCAGUGUUUAAGCCGUUAGCCGUCAGUCUCCUACGAGCUGAGGACGAAAUAACGUUGAAAAACAGCAACAGUUUACGAGAAGAUACCGUUUACAGCAUCAUGGCGAACGUUACAGACCUGCAGACUAAAUACAGCAAACUGGCACAGGAGUACUCCAAGGUAAGAAACUGCUUAUGUUCACAUAGUUAAUGCUAAAGGUGACCAUUCUUGUCUAUCUAUCUGUCUGUCUGUCUGGUUUAGCUUUGUUGUGUAGGUGUGUACAAGCAGUAUGGCUGAUUUUACAUUGUCCUCAGUGUACAUACACACACAUAUACAAAUAGUUUUAAAUGUAGGGGACAGUGGAGUAAGUUGAGCCACCCCCUGUUGCUUGGAAAUGGUCAAAGAAAUUGAUCAUGUGACCAAAUAUUAAGGAGAUGGGCAUCAAUUCAUGGAGUCUGUGAAGGUUAGAGGCACAUAGAUGAAGGGGUUAGACAUUUAUCUCUUGGCAUGCUGUAUUAUCAAGACAGUUCUGUUUACCCUCAUUCUGUUGGUUUGCAGGGAUGCCCAACAUCUUGAAAUAUAUGCAGAUACACUAGUUAGAGACAAAACUAUGAUUGUCUUGAUGUAGUGAUCCGAAAUAUGAAAAUGGCUCAUCUUACCCCACUCUCCCUUAUUUGUGUGAGAACCUCCCACAACCAGGGAAAUGAACGCAGCUGAUCAACGUCCUAUUCAGCUGUCAAAGGAGAGGCAACACCACAAGGUCCUCAUCCAACACAAAUAAAGAUGCAGACUAACCAGAUCCAGGCUAGAUUAUCCUGGUGACUCUUUGAAAGGCAGUUUUAGAUUUGUAAACAUAUGUAUUAUAUGAUGUUUCAAGAAAGAGCUAACUCCUCCUUUACUGUCAAGAUCUCUUGGGUUAAAGUCCUGAUCCACAAUUAUAAUAGUUACACUUUUCCAGAUUGGUCAAAUCUUAAAGGGAUAUUCCAGCGUAAAAUUCAUUUAGGGUCAAACACACCGUAACACCAAGUUAGACACCCCCUCGAGAGAUGAAUAUUGCCAACUGCUUGCUUCACUAUUUAUGCUAACUUUUGUAACAACCGCAAAUAGCAAUACAGAGAGCCAUGCGCUCAACCAAAACACUACUCUAUAGCCACAAAUAAUGCUCAAAACAGCAGCUAACUUCAUCAACAGUACAUAUAGGGUCCCAGCUACCAAACAUAUUUUUAGCUUUGCCUGAUUUCUUUAGCAAAGAGAUUAAACACAACUCACCUACUCUCUUCCAGCAGCCUCUUGUUUGCAGACCACCAGACGAGUCCAUCAACUGCAGCGGGGGGACGCAGCUCAAGGAAGAACAUUUAUGAUCAUUACUUCAUGGAAAUGCAAUCAGACCGAGAAGCUAAGACAGAAGAACUGCCAUGUUCACUGCAGUUCACAAUGAUUAAUAUGGUGAUUAUUACUUAAAGGAAAUGAAAAAGAAAUUAUCAUAAAUGUUCUUCUUUGAGCUGCGUCACCCAGCAGCAGUCGAUGGACUCGCCCAGAGGUUUAACUACAGACAAGCAGCUGCUGGAAGAGAGUGGGUGAGUUGUGUUUAGUCUCUUUAGUCUCUGAUGGACUAGCAGUCUGGGAGUGAACCCCAUGUGCAGAGGCUAUAGUUCUUGUUGUAGCUGUUGCAAAGGCUUUAUGUUCUUCAUCGUGCAGAAACUUUCGGUGAUGUUCAGGAUGAUGGAGUGCAGUUAAAUUUCUUUACAGACAAUGCAAAUACUGAAAACCUUCCAGCAGAAACCUCCCCCAAUUAACGGCAGGGUCCACUUCAUCAGUAGUGACAAAUGGUAUAAAGGCAGGUCUGAAUUUGCAGCUCCUCUACAUCGAUUCUUCGUCUUAUUGUCUGUUAAAUAAAGGCACCUGUUUAUUGUUCCUUCCUCUAAAACGCAACGCGCCACAUUUACUGAUUUCUGCAGCGGCGCAGAGAAAACAGUGUAACCUGAAUCUUGUCAGCCUGUCAAAUACGCUCAACAAGAGCAGUAGGAAGAAACUUUUCUAUUGAUUUUUGUAAAAAUAAGACAAAACAAAAACUUCAGUCUGGUAAAAAAGCCGACUGUCUGGUGGGAGGAGGAGGAGGAGGAGGAGGAAGGGGAACGAUCUGCUGGAGUAUAUGCAUGAGUGAUUCCAGAGUGAGCCAGCUCAUCAUCAAUCAAGGUUAAAGUCUCCCUCAAGUUGAUCAGAGAGAAGGGGGAAGAAAUUUAUAACCCAAUUAGGGAAAGGGAAGAUUUGAUGGCCUCAAAGAUGUGGAAAAACAAAGAGAUCAAAAACCCAUUUUUGCUGGUUUUCAGAGCACCGGUGUUUUGGUUAGACCCUGUUAAUUAGCAACUUUCAGCAAAAUAUGUCAGAAUGAAACCUGCUGUUAGUUUUUUUAUUGUAAUGUCAAAAUCAGAACAUGAAAAACCAAAGGCACUUUAGAGAGGUGCAUUUGGGAUCAAGCCAGAUCAAUAGUUUUAAUGCACCCUGCUGUGCUGCACAUGCACCCCCACUACACUGUUAAUGAGUCUAGGGCUGUCCUGAUACAACAUUGAUAUCUGAUAUCAGCCAAAAAAUAAAUAUUAGAUUAUAUCGGCCUGCAUCUAAGAUCUCCGAUACCAGCACGCCGAUACAAGUAGUCCAUUCUAGACUCCGCUCCAGCACCUCUAGCUAGCAGAGCCUACUUGAUCACAACAACAAUGUGUACUAAGGUACAAACAAAGUAGCAAGGAGUAGGAGUGAUGUCGGCCGUGUGACAGUAUUUUUCAUUUAAGUCCAAAAAAGACAUUGCAGCUGAGUGCAAAACUUGUCAUGCACAAGUUUGUGCCAAUAUCGGAUCACUAUCGGUAUUGGCCGAUACUGAAGGCUACAAUAUCGGUAUCAUAUCGGAAGUAAAAAAGUUGUAUUUGGGACACCCCUAAAUGAGUCAAUUGAGUUGAUAUUUAAACUGACAGUAAUCAGACCCUAAAUGAUAGAUGAUCACGUUAUGUACAGGUCAUGCCGCAAGCUGUAUGCACAAGCAAACGUCCUGUCUCACAGGUUGAGCAUGUGUACAAAUGAGUCUGCUUAUUACCUCUAUGUACUGCACACUUUGGUCAAACUCAUCGCAGACUUCAAGCAGCUAAAAAAAAGGAGUGAAAAAAACACCACUUAAGGGAUGAAGCUUGUGAGGUGGGAGUGAAAUGCUUAUUAAUGAGAGAGUGAGUACUUUCUAAUUACCCGAACCAAAACAUCCUGCAAUUAAUCCUAACUGUAUUAUUAAGGUCUCAUAUUUGGCUAAUUAACCUUGGUGUGCAGUCAAAGGAUGUAGCUAUUAUUGGAUUCAGUUCAUUUUGUAUUUUCAGUUUACCUGAGAAAUUUUCUCUCUAAAUUUAAAAUGGUUCACUCACAGUUGUGGGAUUUAGAAACAUCUGUGAGUCUAACCCAGGAUAAAUCCUCCAAAUCAACUCGAACGAAGAGAGAGUAAACUAAACUGGCUACAAACAGCUGUGAAUCAGGCCGAGUUCAAAGUUUGAUUUGUUAACAACAGACAGUCAAGUCAGUUCCCCUCUGCUUUCUCUCAUGAGCCGUGUGCACCCUUUGUUUUUCGGUCAGCUGACUUCACGGGGAGGGCAUGCAGUUUCCUGUUCAACUCUGAUCUCCCAGUUAGCCAAACAGCAUAUCCUGCUCAGGAAGUGCUGACUCGGUAACUGUCACACAGGCUGUUAUGUGGUUAAAGGCCAACAGCCAUCCAGUUAGAAACAUUUUGAUGAGUCUACAUUUUAAGCUGGAAAGAGUUAAAACAGUAACAACACAAAAAUUGUUAAUUGAAUGUUAAUUGAUUAAGUGCAUUACUUAAUUUAAACUGUCUUCGUUCCUGGUAACUAAUAACUUUUAUGACCGCAUUAAUGUUUUAUGUCUGAUUGUUUUCUUUUGUGUGUUUUUACAGCUCCGUGCACAGAACCAGGUGCUGAAAAAGGGAGUAGUGGAUGAACAAGCAAACUCUGCCUCACUGAAGGUAAAGCAAAAUAAACACUCGGUUUUAAACUCUUAAACAUUUACACUGUUCUCCUGCGAUUAAGUCAUUCAGCGACAGUACAGAGAGUGAGGCCAUGAUGAGUCAGAGGCAGUGAUUUGAGUUAUGUGCGGUAGUUUGUCUGAAUUUUCCGUUCGGUAUUGUCAGGCCUAACAGAUUUAUCAUCCUCCUCAUCCUCAGGAGCAGCUGAAGCAGCGGGACCAGAGCCUGAGGAAACAGGAGCAGGAGAUGGACAGUCUCAGCUUCAGGAACCAACAGCUGGCCAAGAGGGUUGAGCUGCUGCAGGAGGAGCUCGCCGCGAGCGAAGCCAAGGGCAAAAAGGGGAAGGUAAUCACAAGGGAGGGGGAAAAGUGCAACAUUAGUGAUGUUAUCAAUGAUGAUAAAAACACUUAUAUAUGUAGAAUAAAAAGGUCAUACUGUGUCCUUGUCUCCUCUAGAAUAAAGGAGACUCCCCCUCACAGCACGGCCUGCAGACUCAGAGCGUUUUUAACGAAGAUCUGCAGAAAAAGAUCGAAGAAAAUGAGCGACUUCAUAUCCAAGUAAGAGGCCGUGUUGCGUCUCUAUUGCUCAGUCAUGGUUCUACAUUUAUUUUACUGGUGGGAAUGUGCAUGUCAUGGCUCUGUUUUUAUCUCAGUUUUAUGAAGCAGACGAGCUGCACAAGAGGCAGGAGGGUGAGCUGAAGGCACGACUGGAGGUGCUGGAAAAAGACUCAGAGCAGCAUCAAGCUGUCGUAGACGGACUCACGACUAAGUACAUGGAAACGAUCGAGCGGCUGCAGAGUGACAAAGCACGUUUAGAGGUGAGGAUAUGAAACAGGAGGAGAAGGGAGAAGCCUUUAAUUAACUCCCAUUUUAUGAAGUUCAUGAAGAUGCUUCCUCUCUGUCUGUUAGGUAAAAGCACAGACCCUGGAGAGGGAGUCGAAGGAGUGCAGAUUACGAGCAGAGGAAUGGUAAGUGAUUCUUUUCAUGUUGAAAUCCGCUGUCGUGAGCCCAUUAAGGUUUGUUAAGACCUGAAGCUAAGCUUUUCAAGCCCAUGUCAAGUCAGAAGAUCAAACUGAAUUCUGGAGGCGCUACAUAUUUUGGGAGCUACUUGACCCUUAAAGGUCCCUGAUGUAUUCAUGUUGAUGGACCAGAAGUUGUUCACUUGUCAUUGCGGAUACAAAUGAACACAUGGAUUCACAAAUCUGCUCUAUAAUACAAUUUGACCCAUUAAUUGUGAUUUAUUGCCACGUACCUGUAACAGUGAAACCGUCACCCACCUGAAAAAAGUUGAAACUGUGCUGGUAGUAGCUGCUCCACAAUAACAAGUCAUCAAACUGGGUUCAUCUUAAGUAGCAGGAAGCAGCUGUUAAAGUUAAUCCAGACACUCCAGACUUUGAAGUACUGACUAACUGGUCCCAUGUAAUGGGAAUAAUGGUUUUUACUCUGGACUUUAACACCAGUAAAAGGGGUUCAAAUCUGCGUGGGAACUUUUGAGGAGCUGAGGAGUCCAAUUCCUGCCCCCAUGCUGAAGUUGCCUGGGCAAGACAAUAAACCCCCAGUAUUUUCCAUCAGUGUAUAAAUGUGGUGUAAUGUAACGUGAUGUUAAAGUGCGUUGAGUGGGGUCAGAUUCUGAUUAAAAGCAAUUAAUAGACUUAUAAUUAAGCUUUUGAACCAACAGGCAUUGACAAUAAUUUUUUCGAAUUUGGAGAGUUAUGCAAUCCUACACUGAACUUGAUUUAAACGACUUUAGCAAAUAUUUAAUCAAAUCUGAAACGCCCAUAUACAAGCGUUAACGGUUAACCAGCAACACUAAGCCAAUAACACAGUGUUGAGUUGAGUUAAAACAGAGCGGUGCAAUAAAACAGACCCAGAGGGGAAGACACACUGACAGCUGGGUCGAAGUAGUAGAUGUUAUAGUUAAGUUUAUUGGCCAUCUGUAAAGUAAAACAAAAAAUAGUAUAGUCAAAGGCUAGAGGCCAAAUAACGAUCAAGACCAAUAAUCAGUUUACUUCUAUUAUAAUAAGUACAGAAUCUCCCUACUGUUGUUUAUGCAUCUUCAGAGGACACAUUAGCAUUUAUUUCCAUUCACAGACACUUUAAAUAUCAGAUAUUUUCUACUCUAGAUGUGAUUUUCAAAUUAACGCAACAUAAAAAUAUGAACUCAGUCCAUCAUACUCUGUAUUUCUGUUCUCUCCGCAGUCAGCAGCAGCUGAGGCGGUGCCAGUCGGAGCUGAACAGACAGGUGAAACAGAGCAGCAGUGUUAUCCAGGAGAAAGUGCCCUUCAAUGACACCAGUGAGUAUCUGGCGCCGAGCCACGUGGACAAAAACGAUCGGCCACACAGAGGAGACAUCUAUUUGAGAACAGCCGUGUCUUUGUCAUUGAAACCAUAACAGCAUUCUGCCCCGGAGUAAAUAGUGUAACCCUACACUCGCACUGUAAUAAAACACUCAAGGAGGCGGGAGGUGAAACCGUUUAAAGCUGUGUUUGUAGAGUCAGAGGGCUGAGGUUAUGCUCUGCUCUUUUCUCUUCCUCUCUGCAGAAUUUAGUGACUACAACAGCCUCAAUGUGCCGCCACACAACCGAAGGCACCAGGUGAGUGACCAAACAACACUCCUUUUUUUAUGUCUUUACAGCACAUGUAAUCUAUUUUCUACGUCGACUAUUAGGAUUUAUAAGCAGUUCAGAAUAUGGCAGACAUUAGUAAACCAUUCAGCACUUUCAAUAUGCAGCAGGGGAUAGAGCAAGAGACCGGGAGAGAGAGUAGAAAGAUGAAGGAGUUUUCCUGUCCUCCCCCAUUUGUGCUUGAUAAACAGAUAAAUGGUUUGGCCCCGACUCAAGUCACUCUACUUGAUGCAUCACUGUUUCGACUUGAACAGGCUCUAAAAACAAUAAAUAUUUCCUUACCGAACCCUCCCAGCACUCUGACAUCUCCCUCCAGCCAGAUGGCACUUUGUUCAGGUUUAUAUGCGGAGGUGAAGAGGUAUCAGACAGCUACUCCUCAGUGAACUUUAUCAAUGAACCGCUCCUCCUCCGUGUCCACACAAGCAACAGGAUUGAGAAUCGAACAGUUCUCCACAUCAUGCUGCUUUUAGGGUUGUUGCAGGCUUUAUGGACACUGUGGACAACAAAUUAAAACCAUAAUCUGGUGUAUUCUCUUACAGCUCUUUUAACAUGAGAUGAAGAAAACUGGUUUGUAGUUUUUCUGUUGUUGAGUUUGUUUUUUUGUCUGUGUUUGCAGCUUAAAGCUCGGGACGUGGCCGGUCAAGCUCUGACCUUCAUUCAGGACCUGGUGGCUGCUCUGUUGAACUUCCACUCUUACACAGAGCAGAGAGUUCACAUUUAUCCUCUGGACUCAUCUAUCGAGCCCAUCACCCCUCUGAACCAGAAGGUAAAUCAUCCCCAAAACAGAAAUACAGACGACAUAUCACAGCACACAUGCAAAGAAACUAGACAGAGCAGCAGUUUUACAAAACACGUGUUAUUCGCUUUAACUUUCUCUGUCUGUGUAGUUUUCUCAGUACCUACAUGAAAAUGCAGCCUAUGUGCGCCCCCUUGAGGACACCUUCCUGCAGUUACACCAAAGCAUCACAGAGGACACAGUCACAGUCCUGGUGAGUGUUUUCUGUUUUUUUUCUCCACAGGAAAAUUGUGUCAGUUUUGCUUAUUUUAAACCUCAUUUUUUUUCUGUGACCCGAAGGAGACCGUGGUCAAGCUGAAGAGCUUUGCUGAUAACUUCUCUACAUACACCCACUUCCUGCAGAAGAUUCUUCCCUACCAGCUGAAAAGGUCAGCCCCGUGUGUGUGUAUGUGUGUGUGUGUGUUUGUGAAGAGAGAUAAGAGAAAUAGAGUGGAUGUAUUGAUGGCUAUCAUCUCCUCUCCUUUCAGCUUGGAGGAGGAGUGUGAAGCACCUCUUUGUACCGCCGCCCUCACCGCGAAAAACCAGGAGCUGCAGAGCGACAUGAAGAGAGUGACGUCUGUGUUCGAGAAACUGCAGAGCUACAUCAACCUUCUGGCCCUACCUAGUAAGUAAACAUGGGCAGAGAGACACACACCACAUGGCACUGAUUAGCUCACACAGCCAGUUUACUUCACUAACUUUACCGAAAACAAAAAAAAAAAACUGACUCCACAAACCUUUUUAAAUCUAUUUUAAAGGAUUUAUCUCCAGAAUAUUCAGUUUGUUUUUUCAUGAACUUUUCAACAACAUAAUGGUUUGUCUGUAAUUUGCCACUACCUACCUGUCUGCUGUCUACACUGCUUCCCGCUCCAAGUUUAGCCUGUAAAAGGAUUAACUGUGCAGCUAAAAGGUCCACCUUCUGCACAUCUCGCUGACUCUUAGAUAAAUCUGUUGGUUAUCUGAAAAGUUGAAGAUGAUUGCUUUCCUUAAAUUUCCCUUCCAUCAGUUUUCCCUUCACUUCCUCAUGUCAGUUACUGAUCUGAGUGUGUUAAAAGAAGAGGAAGUUUGUUUUUUAUUAAUUUAUUCACUUUUUUGAAGACUGCUGUUUAUCAGUGUACAAGAACAACCUGCAUGUUUCUGAAGAAAUAUCCUGUCUUGCUUAAUACGGUAAUAUAUUUUGCAAUAAUAAAAUAAAAUAUAAACAGUAUAACUUCUUUCUAAGAGCUUCUAUCAGCCUCAGAAAAGAGGGCUGCUGGGUUCAGGGAUACACACAAACAACUGCUUUGAGUUGCUGAAUUAAAGAAUAGGACACAAACAAAAAUUCAAAUAAUGAGUUGGGAAAAAAAAUCACAUUGUUUCAUGAAAAAUUAAUGCUCCUUUUAAUCUGACGUAUGAAGUUUUUUCAGAAAAGUUGAAAAAGUUGUCAAAUACUAAAAAAAACAUGUGGAAAAACUAAUCCUAAAGGGCACCCCAGAGCGGCAGUGCUGUGAGAGACUGCGUGAGCAAAUCGUUCAGAAUAAUGUUCCCGAGCGUGAAAUUAUAAAAACAUUCAGGAAAAUUCAUCAUCCAUGAAAAAUAGUAUCAUUAACCUGGAGAAACUACUAUCCAGAAAACCAGGACCAAAUGGUAGCUCUCUGUGACCCUUCUGCACACGCUCAAAACCACCCUCGUCUGUGAACACUGUUGCUGUCCUCUGUUUAAUCAAAAUUUGACCGUCUUUUUGGGAAUCUUGGACACUGUGUUCUAUGCUCCAAGCGCACAAAUUAUUCAAAAUUAAAGAACUUAUGCAAACAAACCAAAUUCACACAAUGACAAACAUUCACGUCCCACAGAGCAUAAAUUAAACAUUAAAACUUUAAAGCUUUAACAUUAAUUAGCAAUUAUAGAAACUGAGAUGCAGCCAGCAAUAUAUAAAUAAUUAUAUAAAAGAUAAAUAAAUGAUUGUUUUUCUUUUAAAAAGUUAUUUUCCUUGAAGUUGUUUCUUUGUCUGUAGAAAUAAAAAAAAGUGUUUUGAAGUGAUGCGACACGCUUGUUUUACAAAUGUGUGUCCCAGGUGUUCGACAGGAUGCCCUGCCACAGAGCAGCACCUCAGCUGUCUUCACCCAGCUGGCUGCCUGUCUGCACAGUCUUCAUGAUGCCAUUAAAGGUGAGCAGCGCCACCGAGCCAUUUCUGACCUGCAGCCACUCACAACCGGCUCCACACAUCACACCGAUUCCUCUCACGUAGUCACGGAGCUGCUGUUGCCGUUCACAGACCCACUGUUUUUACAAACAAUACCCACUGGCCCAGUUUAUGAUGGGUAAAUAUCCAGAGGCUUCAGCGCAGCAUCCGUCUCGCUGCAGCGCCAAAUGGGAGUGUAAUUUAGCGCUCUCUGGCAGAGAGGAGUCACUUUGAUACAGCUGGCACAUUUAGGAGAGUGGAAAUGAGUUUAUGAUUACCUUUGAUUACCUUUGUCCGUUUGUCUUGGUUCUUAUGUUGACAGUCAUCGUGUUCAAAUGUGCACUUAAAGACCUGCAGUUUAUGAAAUGAAAGUACAGUAUGUGUUACACAGAGACAAUAAAAAUGUCGUAUCUAACUUGUGAAGCAGUCUGUGGAUUUAAAUGUGAUUUCUAUUCCUCUGUUUGUGUUCAGAGAUGUCAAAGCACUACAACCAGAAGGCCAGCUUAGAGCAGGAGCUCCCCACCGUCACCCAGAAGCUCUGCACCACCACAGAGUGCCUGCUGGGAUCGUUGGGCUCUCUGACCAGCAGCACAGGCAAGGUACGACCAUCAGGGGGCAGGCCUUAGCCAGGCUCAAGCAGCGAGCGAGUGUGCUCUGUAAGCUGUGAUUCCUAUAAGCUUAAUUGUAAACAGCGAUGAGUUUUCCUCACAACUGGAUCCGUCGGCAAUUUUCCCCCUAAUGCAACAUCACAGAGCGGCAGGACUCAGGUGGGCAGCGCUUAAAUGUUCAAAGAUACUGUCCAAAUCACAGCUUUCACAGCUGCUCCCCACUCAGAGGAAAGGGAGAAAUGAUUUCCUCCUCUUGAAUCAAGUGAAGCAUUGGCUGAGAUGUGUCUGCCGAUGGGAGGCCCAGUUCGGUGGGCUGCAGUUUGAGAAGCACGCUGGCACAAGGCGUCUGGAACAAGCAGCUUUUUGAGAGUGAUCAUCUCUGCAGGCUAAAGCUCCGUGUCUGAGACAUUUAUCAUCCUCAACACUCGGUGGUGUAAUCAUCUCUCUACUGUAAAAACACCGCCUAAUUUGAAGGCAGACAGAACGCUGAGUGUCUGAGUUUGCUUGUGCAUGAAAAGGUGGUAAUUCCGGUGUUUCUGUAUGAAAACAGGCUGCAGCGAUUUUAUUUAUUUUUGCGGAUGAGAUGAGAAAUAACGUCGCUGUUCUGUUGCAGAUCGCCACUUUCUUCAGCAACAAUUUGGACUUCUUCACGUCGCCAGGCUACAGUCCAAGAGGCAGCACAGUAGCACUUAACCCUCUACAAGCAGAGAGCAUGCUGGCCAACAAGAAGAAAGCAGCUGCGUACGUACAGGCUAUCAAGAAGGUCAGUGUACUUGUCUUUUUAUGAUAUUUAAAAAUCGACCACACUGACGGGGAAACUUUUGGUCUCUGGCAGAGUCCCUCACUUUCAUCUGUCAUCUCUGCCCACAUGACGCAAAAGUAGCCAAUCACUGUGCCAAUACUAGCUGGCUCUCUGUCACUGUCAUCUUCUGCUGAUGCCGCCGCCGCUGCCUCUUUCCGCUUUGUGGCGAGUGGCAGCUGGCGUUAGGACGCAAUAUUGCCCCCUACUAAGAAAAACGAGUUACCCUGUAUAAUUCAAUGUUUAUUUUUAGCACAAUAUCAAUAGUUCUAUUUUUAAACCAGGGUGGUUGUUGUCACUUGAGGCUUAUUGCAACAGUCCUACUUUAAAUCAAUUUGCCCGUGUGGGUUACAAAACCCUUGAUUAAAGGAAUUUGAAUCAUAGUUUAAAAGAAGUUUCUACAUUUUUUAGGCUAAAUUAACUUUUUUAAAAAUGUAGAAACAUGUAGGUUUAUUAUAAGUAUUACAUCCAAGCACAAAGUGGAUUUUACAACACCUAAUCUACAACCCCAAUUUCAGAAAACUGGUUAAGUGUUGAAAUCAACAGAUUUUGGUGUAUUUGCAUAAUUUUAGCUCAAUAUAAUGACUAAAAACAGUGCAAAGAAAUCAUGAAACCAAAAACUGAAUGUCAGAUUUUAAUGAAUCGUCGUAUGUUUUCUCACCAAACGCCUCAUUUGAUCUCUCCUUCCAGCCUCGCCCACAGUCUGUCCCGUACAAAGAAGCUCUCUCCAACCGGCGGAUACUCACCAGCUCCACCGAGAGCAGAGAAGGUCUCACCCAGCAGGUACAGUCCGGGCUCAGAAAGCACUUUCUGUUUGUUACAAAUUGACUGAAAUAAAACACGAAACCGAUCAUUGCCUAAAGAGGUCACUUCUGGCCAAAGGCUACAACCAGACAGUCUGUCAUGUGGAAAAUGAAACCAUGUAUGAGUCAGUGUUGAGUGAGGUUUAUUUGCAGUCCUAAAAUAACACAGAUAGGAGGUAGAAAUUGCUUCACAUGUGUUUCGUGGUUUUGUGGUCUCCUCUUACGGUUUAAAUCAAGUGUAUGUAGGUAGAUAAGGACAGCUUCUCAUAAAAGUAACCGCAUUCUUUACAAAUUACAGACUCCUCGGUCGUAACACGGUACUACUACACAGUCUUGAUAUCUCAUUCCAGUUGCUCUUCAGGGAUAGGGUGUGAACGAGAAACUCUGCCAGUGAGUCUGACUGUUUUUCAAGCGUCUGUUUUCUUUUCAUCGCUUUGCAAAUCUCUCCUUAAGUCUUUGCAAACGUGCUUAAAUUUGUCACAUCUGCGAUAGGUUUAGCAUUAAAACCACAAAGUCAUAAAAUGGAUGUACACGCAUAAAACUUAUCUGGCUUUAGAGCCUGAAGGUUUUUGGAGGGAACAGCCCGAAGACAUCAUGACAGCAGAAUCACUUCCAUCUUUAAAACCGGCCAAAGAACUUUUUUCUUCUUUAUUUUCCCCCCAUGUUGUUUAAAUUCCUUUCACUUUUUCCAACUUUUAACACAACCCCUCUCUUCUCCUCUCCCCUCUCCGUCGGCCCGAUGCAGGUGCAGCAGAGCCAGGAGAAGAUCGCUCGUCUGGAGCAGGAGAAGGAGCACUGGCUCCUGGAGGCCCAGCUGGGGAAGGUGCGGUUGGAAAAGGAGAACCAGCGCAUUGCAGACCUGGAAGCGCAACUCGCAGCGGCUCUGGGGGGAAGUCCAGACUCACGAACAGCUGCAGCAGCCAGCACACUCGCACAGAGCCAUGAGGAAGCAGAGACAGAUCAGAAAACUGCAGGGAAAGAGACUACACUCUGCACCAGCCUGGUACGCUCUUUACUUUGGCUGCUCCAUGUGUUGGAUUACGCUUGCAGAGGAAACUCUCUGCCCGUGGCGCUCAUGUCUGAUUUACUACAGCAGAGAUUUUUUUUUCCUCUUGUCUCUCUCACACCAUGCAAGUUUCUGCUAAAUAAAACUCCAAUUUCAAAUGUGCUGACAUAGCAAAGUGGCAGAAUUCUGUUGUUUAUGCAAUUUUUAAAUUUAGUCACAACCAAAAGCAUUUGGUCUCACACAGCUGUUUGUUCCCCUUGUGCAUUUGUUGUUGUUUCUUAAAUGGCUUGUUUGUCCUGUUUGUGCACAUGGUGAAAAUUGUAACAGCUGAUCAGAAACCACAGUUACAAAAAUGUCAUAGAAAAUUUUAACAAGAACAGAUUUUGAUGGUUUGGCAGUCAUUUAAACCCUGUAUUUAGAUGAAAAUAGUGCAAAGACAACAUAUCCAAUUUUCGAUCCCAACAUUUUAUUGUGUUUUGAAAAAGUGUAUUUUCCUGUUUGAAUUGGCAGAGGACAUGGUGUCCCAGAGCUCAGGACAGUUUACUGGAUCAUGUCCACGUCCAUGGUUUCCUCUUUGGAUGAUAUCCUGUAUUUUUUGUAUGAACUGUGUUUAUAUGUAUGUGUAGUUUUUAUAGAGUGACCAUAUUCUGAAUUGCCAAAAAAAGGACACCACUACACGGGGUGGAGUCACGGAGUCGCGCUUAGUUAGUGUUGAGCUUUUCAGGUCAGGUCAAGUGCUUCUAACUCAGUUAGUCCACACGCCACAAACUCAAAACUUCCAUAAAAAAACAGAACUUUGAAGGAUUUAUAAACUCCCCCGGACAACCCCCAAAAAAGAGGACAUGUCCGGGUAAAAGAUUGAUUAUUUGCUUAUUUGGUUUAAAUGACUGCCAAACCAUCAAAAUCUGUUCUUGUUAACAUUUUCUACGACUUUUUUGUCGUAGAAAAUGCAUCUCAUGAAUUGGUGACAAUCGGCCUCUCUGCAGUGCCUUUUUACACCCUGUCAUGUUACCAACAUGUUGCGAAUUCAUGUAAAAAGGUGAAAGACCGUCUUCCAGGUGUUUUUUUUUUUUUAAGCGAACCACAACUUUUUCAGAGUACUAGUCUUUACUCCUUUGGUUUUGGGGUCAUAUGAUUUCUGACAUCUUUCUCUGUCUUGUCUCGGUGUCACCAGGUCGGCAUGUUGUGCACAACACCUUCAAUUGAGCAUGUGAGUUUUCACACAGACACACACACACGCACACACACACACAGAAGGAGUUAAAAUGCUUAUUUACUGUGUUGAAAUUAGGGACAAACAGACAGAGAACAUAAUGUGCAUAUGUUAGGAAGUAAAAGUUUAGACAUUUUUCAGAUACCAAUCUCAUUUUGUCGAUGUCGUGUCUGUGCCGCAGGUGGGAGACGAGGAGUCCAGGGAGCAGCUGAUAAAGACUCACUACAUGGCGAGAGUGGGAGAGCUCACCACCCAGCUCCAGAUUUCAGACAGCAAAGCAGUGCACUUUCACUCCGAGGUGAAGCCCUCACUCGAGUGUUUAUCUCGGUAACCGUCUGCGUCUGAUAGCAAAGAGCUGACCUUUUCAGAGCAGGCGUCCUUUCUCACUAAACAUGUCAUUUUGUGGAAAGACAUUCAAACUGUUACAUCUCCCACUUAGCGUCUUUUUAGUGCGGAGAAGUCACUCGCCCUGUUCCCUCCUGAGUUUCUGUUUUUAAUCAUUCCUCGACUAUUUUUAUCACCUUCUUUAAUUUUUUCAGGAACAAAGAGCGUAGAAACUGAACCAGGAGUUAACCUGCUCUCUUUGUUUCGACUGUUUCUCCUUUAAAAGUGGUUUCAGAGUCUCAUUAUUCUUGAAUGUUGGCGGGUUUUUUUCUGGAGACACUGACACCUUAUAUUUUUAGUAUUACGCUGAAGCUUGAUCUGAAAGUAGAGGCUUACUAAAGUGACACCCAGUCACAGCGUGACUUACUGGCGUGUCAGUCAUCUUUGUUUUCUCAUCGUAGCAACAGGGAUCCACCUGAUCUGGAGUCGGUGUCUCGGGUAUUAAAGUGUCACUUCUUUAAACUGUGCUUUUACCUUUGGUAAUGCUUUCAAAUACACCCUUUUCCUCUAAGAAAAAUCCACCUUUGUUGCAGCUUUUAGCAAAGAUCCUUGCAUGUGUUAUGUCUAUCGAAAGCAGCUCUGUUUACUUCCUUUCUUCCCUCUUAGUGUCGAGCUUUGGCGAAGAGGUUAGCAAUCGCGGAGAAAUCACGGGAGACUCUCAGCGAGGAGGUCAAACUGGCAAACCAGAACAUUACACGCUUGCAGGUAAAUUAUCAAAAAAAAAAAAAAACUUCCAAACUUUGUUGUUUUUUUUCCAAUUCUGACAACAUUAACCGUGCUGAGUGUUUACAGGAUGAGCUGGCCACCACGAAGAGGAGCUAUGAAGACCAGCUCAGUAUGAUGAGCGACCACCUGUGCAGUAUGAACGAGACUUUGAGCAAACAGAGAGAGGAGAUCGACACACUCAAGCUGGGCAGCAAGGUAAACACGAGAAUGUCUUGCUGAUUUUCCAAAAAGGGGGAAUUUAGAACGAAACACAUGACAGCAGAAACAGGUAUGAGUGGAUCAAAUGAAUGAAGAAUAUGUAGAUUAACAUAUUUCUGUAGAAGGCAUGAAACACAGCUGUCAAAGCCUGGUGGAUAAGUCAAGAACAGGUCAGGGCGUAGACAGCCUCUGCAGAGCUGCAGGCAUCCACAGAGACAGAGGACUGAGAUCGAACCCUGGUCCUUGCAUACCGGAGGAGUUGUUUUGUAAGGAUGCCCACAGCUCGUCAAAAUCACUUUGAACUGAGCUCCACCAGCAGGGCUUUGAGAUUUCUCUGCACUCCUUGUUAACAGCUGGAAGCCUGAUCCAUAGGGCUAAGAUAGAUCUCUCAGAAAUAAGAGAAGCUCGGACUAAAGUGUUUACCCAACACUUGUCAAAGAUGAACAUUCACUGAAGAGAGUUAGCCGGGAAAAAAAACAUAUACUCCUGUAUUUCCCUGAAAGUUUUGUCUAAAUCUUUAUAAAGACAAAAGUUAUUCACAAAGCGUUUUAACCCCCAAGAGAGCUUUUAGGCUGAGAAACUGUUGGAAGAAGUGAGGAGGACUUUUAAAAGACUCAAAAACUCAGGAAGAAAUCGCGGGAAGAUGGUUGAAGAAGGAGAAAACACCCACAUCUACAAGCCAGGGCAAAAAGGCCAGAAAGGGAAGUGAUCGUUAGGUUUUCAGCAACUGGAAACAUGCAACGGUCUUACCUGCAAGCUUGUUCUCAGAGGCUUGUAAUGAAACGAAGAGAGCGCAGAAUAACAUUGACAGAAACAAGCUGCACAAAACGACUCAGACGACAGCAUCAGAGGGUUUUUAACUAUAAGAUGUUCCACUGCAGUCAAUGCAUUUAAAGUGAGACAGAGAAACUGGCAUCUCUGUAUCACAUCAUCUUCUUCAGAGGUAUGCAGAGCGAAGGCAGAUAACACACGAGUUUACUGAUCUUAGAUGACUAUCGUUUCAGGUGAAAACAACGAGUAAACUGUCUGCUUAAGUCGAUCUGUGUGAGAGAAACGGCUGGAACUGUCAGCGUCUGAGUAGGCUACGGCGCCGUGGGCCGGUGUUUUCAAAAAUUUAUACUCUUAAAAUAUAGUUUUAUUUAUUUAUUUAUUUUUUGCAUUUCAUUUAAUGUUUUUGUCUGUCAGUGAAAAGUUCUUCAUGUUUGUGAUUGUGCAGCUGACCCCAGGCCCAGAUAUUCAGAUACUCGCUGCUCUGGAAUGUGAGAUGAUCUUACCGAUUACCAGCGGAAAGUUUUUUUUUAUAUAUGUAUAUAUCUGCAGGGCUGAUGUCGGGCCUUGUCUUCUUGUGAUUUUAGAGAUCUCUGCUAGUUAUCCAUCAAGAUCUUAUGGUGAAAUGUGUCUUUCGUCUCACUCUUAGGCUUGUUUUCAGCCGUCACAUCCCGUAGAGUCUUUGUAAAACAAUCUAAAACUUGACCGCUAAAGGGGAUUGUUAAAAAUCCAGCCGCUUCAAAGAGUGUGAGGGAUCAUUUCAGGUUCGGGUUGUGAAAUGUGACGUUGUAAAGUUUCUGUCAGUUAUGAGGUGGUCUUGGGAGGUCAGCGGUGGGGUUGUGGUCUGAUGGGAAAAGCACCUGCUGGUGCCAUCUGAAGAAGUCGUUAGUUUGAGGCCACAGAAACUGAGAGGCCUGAUACGAGCGCGCAUGUUCCUGCAUGUAUGUGCGCAGACUGCUGAGUGCUGGGAAGUAGCAGGACAGAACAUGUCUGUGAGCUUACAGGGGGUGAUUUUCUCAGGUAGGCCAGGUACUGGCCUCAGCAUGUUUUGGAUCUUUAACAGAGUGCAGUACAAAUGUCAGUGAUUUACUGCCCCUGAAUGCAACACAGUACUCUCAGUUUGGCCUUUACUUUUCUGCAGAAUUAAAAUUUGAGUUUUAUUUUCUCCUUCAGGGAAAUGCGAAGAAGAACAAAGGGCGCUAGAGCUGCUCUCCACACUCUGGCUCCAUUUGGCUUCACAAAGGGCACCUUCAAAGAAGAUCCCGCCUGUGGAGCCCACAGCAGCGUCCUGGUACCAACAAUCCCUCUGUCAUCCAAUCACAGGACAGUUACACGAGCCUCAGAUUCCUCCUCUGUCAGGCUGUGGAGCUACAAAUGAACUGUACGGAGGCUUGAACAUGUUUGACUGCUUCUUUUUCCCGUCUCCCUCAUUACAGCAGCAGUUUUAACAUGGCGUGAUUCGCUAUAAAAUGCCCGAAGCUGCUGCUUGACCUUUUUGGCCAACGCAGAGUGGGAGGGAUAAAGCUUUCACCCAAAAAGGGACAGAGGGAAGGAAGCUGAAACAGUUGAUGAAUGCUCACUGAAGUCAAGACUUGAAGACCAAACCCUGUUUAUCAGUGUGCUUAUUUUUCCUGCUCUACGUUCAUUCUAGACUAAAUGAAACUGUGCAUUGUUGCUGCUUAUCUGUGCAGGUGCAGGCGAGCGUGUGCGGAGUGUGCAUUUCAUUGUGUGACUGUAGCACUAUACACAACAUGUGAAUAUUGUUUUACACUUAGAUUUUUUGAAAUUAAAUGAGAGAUAAUUUGUGAAAGCAGUUCUGAGGGCCUCUCAGAGCCCCCCCUGAAAACACGUGCAUUUAUCAUCAGCUUCUGUCAAGAAGGGCUUUAAAACCUGAAAGAACAACCAACAAAGACACUUGAAUUCAUUCCUCAUUUUGGAAAAUCCUUUGGGAGAGGAGAAAUGAAAAUAUCUGCCUCCAAGCACUGAUUAACUGUGUCUACCUAGACUAAAAAGGGCAGGAUGGACAAGUUGCAGCUCGUAAUGGUGUCUGUCUGUGAAGUUACUCUAACAAUCGUUGUUUUUAUCACCAAAGUAAGUGUGGAUGUUUCACAAAGUCCUCUAAAUUCAUGUAAUAUGUAUGGACAAAAAGGGUUAAUGUGAAUAUACACUCAUUUUAAAUCAUGAUGUAAUUGUUCUGUAUAAUUUCUAGAAGAAGUUGUAUAUAAAAACACAAAAAAGGCAUUUAUUCAGAGGUUAUAACUUUAUUUUCCACCAAUUUGAGAAUCAGGAUCUUCUGUUUUUAUUUGUCUUUGUCUGUUAAUGCAACAUUUUUGUGUCGCAGGGGUUUGCUCAUUUUGUAACUGGUGCUUAGACAACCUAAUUUACGAAUCAUGGCUGAGUGAAGUAAAAGUUUACAGAAAAAAAACAAAAACUCUUUGGCUUGUAGUGACACGAGGAAAUGAUAGAAAAGCCCAGCAGUGUUUAGUUUAGCAGCAGCCCAAUCAAACCUCUUUGUUUGUCAGUCUACACCUGCCAGCAAACCUUUGGCCACAAAGAUUUGCCAACGCCCCCGAAACUGAUGAAAAAAUUAACACUUGUAUUCUCACAAUGUAACCUGUUCAGAAGCACAUAUAAAUAUGUGAAUAAAACAAAUACAAAAAGCGUAUUGGACGGUCAAAUACUCUGUGUUCAUGUUCACCUGGUUGAUAAUCAUCCCCAAACUUGCAUGACCUCACUUUUCGUGCUGCGUUUCUGGGAGCUGGAAAGGACUGGGAUUUUAAAUUGCCUGUAAUUUAAAAAAAAUGAGAAACAGUCUGUAACACACCCCGACCACUGGGGAAUGAGGCCACACCGCUGAAUUGGACAUGCGAGAGCUGGAAGAUUACUGUUUGAUGUCGUCACUUUGUUUUGGACAGGAAAACAUGUUGUGUCAUUAGGGUUGAAUUCAUGAUGCUUUCAUGUACUCCUGGUAUGCUACUUGAGAGGUCACAGUAAUAAAAACAGCAAUAUUCUCCUUUUUUUGUUCUGCUUGACCUGUAACUCUAGAAAAAUGGAACAAAUUUUGGUGGUGGUUAUUUUCAGGUUCAAAAACAGUUGAGAACAAAAUAAACACAAGAACAUAUUCGAGAAAAGUGGAGGAAAAAUGAGCAGCUGACAUGCCGCUUAAAAUUAUUUAUCUUGAAAUAUUUGGUUAAGGGAGGCCAGGAGUAUGUUUGAAGUGCUUUCUGUAAUGUAACAUGAAUCAACAGAAUAAAAGGACAUAAGACAUUCA